AUGACAGGCGAACAGAAAGAAAUGGCACUGCGAGUAAUAAGAGGUUAUAAGACGAUUGCCACACAGGCAAUAUUCCUCCUAGCGAGCACCACGCCUAUAGACGUCCUCAUCAAGGUAUUUGACAAAUAUUGCGGACUCACCCGCGCUUUGAGGUCCUCGGACAGCGUGGAUUUGGAAAAAGAAAAAGCUAGGUUAAAAAAAGAAAGACAUUUGGGAACCCUACUCACCUGGCAGGACAAACUACGAUCACCGGGUAUCCGAAACCAAAAGGUAAUUAAAGCGAUCCUGCCUCGCUUCGACAGAUGGGUAACCCGUCCCCACGGAAGCAUAUCCUACAGGAUGACACAGUUAAUCUCUGGACACGGAUGCUUUGGAGAUUACCUGUUUAGAAUAAAGAAAGAGCCUUCUCCUAAAUGCCACCACUGCAAUGCAGUUAAAGACGAUAAUGUACAUACCUCUUUCAUCUGUCCGGCGUGGUCGGACGAAAGGAAGAGGCUGUACGAUAUAACAGGCCAACUGACGAACCUAGAAGGAACGACAGAAGCGAUUCUUCACACACCGGAGAAAUGGGAAGCAUACAAAACGUUUUGUGAAUCAGUCAUGUCACAAAAAGAAGAGCACGAGAGAGCAAGGGAAGCUCUAAGGGAAAUCGCGCAGAGAAACACUGCCAGCAUUUAUCUAAGAUGGAGGUCAGCUAUAACUUAA